UAAUAAAAAGCAAUUACUAAUUAAGUCGUUAAUUUGUCGGUUGGAUAAUCCUAAUUGAGAACCUUUGUUUGGUUUUGUUGAAGAAUCCCAAUCACAUUUUGAGUUGUAGUAAACAGAAUGGAAAGCAAAAAGAAUAAGGAAAAUGAUUCAGUUUUGCCAAGAAAUUCACUCGGUUUACCGACUAAUGUUUACCAUUGUCAAGAGAAUGAAAAACCUGAGAAUAUUAUUAUCGAACAUGGUUACGAUUUAAAGGAUAAAGUUGGUGCCGGUGCUUUUGCCUCGGUUUUCAAGGCAAGGCGAAUCGCCGAUGAUCAGAUGGUGGCUUGUAAGGUUAUUGAAAUAAAGCGUAAACGAAAGGAGAGAUUAACCGAUCUCAAGAAUGAGCUCUAUGUAUUGGAGAAAGUUGAACAUCCCAAUAUUGUCAAAUUGUAUGAACACUUUGUCAUUGAUGAUAAGGUUUAUAUUUUCAUGGAAUUCGCCUCGGGUGGAACUUUAUCUGAAUAUGUACGGAAAAAAGGUCCAGUUAAGGAAAAACGGGCUCGUCGUUGGUUUCUAGAGAUUGCCAGUGCCAUUCAACAUUUACAUCGACUUAGUAUAUCUCAUCGUGAUCUUAAAUUGGGUAAUAUUUUACUUGAUGCAGAUAAGAAGGCCAAAGUUACUGAUUUUGGUUUAAGUAGAAUUAGCUAUCGACCAACCAAAGGUGUACUUUAUUGUACCUCUUGUUGUGGAACUGAACCUUAUAUGGCCCCGGAAAUUUUGAAGAAAAGAUCAGAUGGAACCAGACUUUAUGAUCCAAUGGUUUCAGAUGUUUGGGCUUUGGGUGUUUGUUUGUAUGCAAUGGUUAACAAAGCUUAUCCAUUCAAUCCGGAAGAUAAAGAGUUGAUGAUCUCAAAUCAAUUACAUCGGAAAUGGAAGUUUGUAAGAAAACAAAAAAAUAGAUUGACCAAUGAAGUUAAAGAUUUAGUUCGUCACAUGUUGGAGCCAAAUCCAAGGAAAAGAAUCACCUUAUUGGGAAUAAUGGGCCAUCCAUGGUUAAAAGAAGGUAAUCUCAGUAAACCAUUCGAUGCUUCAAGUUCUAAAUCGACCAGUCCAACUCCAACGAUAAAACCAAAAGAACCAAACAAAAGUUAAUAAUUUAGUUCAAUGAUAAGAAAUAAAAAAGAGAAGACGCAUUUUUCUCUCACGGAAUUCCGAAUGAUUAGUAACGAUCAUAAUUAUUUUGUCGAAGGCCUUUAGUAGACCAACUAGAGGAAAAAGAGGAAAAGUUGAAAGGAUAAAGUUGAGUUGACAGUUAUUUUUGCGACAAUAUUUUAAUGGAGAUGAUACAU